CUGCCUUAUAAAGCCGUCAAAAUGUAAAAAAUGCACUACGGAGCUCUACCAUCUGAACGGCAGCAUCAUGAAUCAGAGGAAGAAGCUCACCGGCCACCCCAGGCUUUACUCUGCAGGAGGCUUCAGCAACAGAUCUAUGGGAUCCAGUCCUAAAAUCAGCACCACUGACCAUGUGACCCCAGUGACCUUCAACAAGAGCCUGCUCGACCCUCUGAACCUAGAAGUCGACCCCGCCGUACAAGUUCUUCGCACCCAGGAGAAAGAACAGAUCAAGAGCCUCAACAAUCGCUUUGUCUCAUACAUUGAGAAGGUCCGGCUUCUGGAGCAGCAGAACAAAUUGCUGGAAACCAAGUGGAGUCUGCUGCAGGGGAAUACUACUAAUCCAUCUGAAGUCGAGCCUUUGUACAAAGAAUACAUCGGCAGCCUGCAGAGACACCUGGACCUGCUCAACAAUAACAGGCUCAAACUUGACACGGAGAGCAAAGCCAUACACCAACAAGUGGAUGACUUCACUAACAAGUUGGGAGACGAAACCACAAGAAGGAAUGAUGCAGAAAAUGAGUAUGUCAAGUUAAAAAAGGAUGUGGAUGCAGGGCUUCUCGCUACCGCAAACAACGAGGCCACGAUUUCUUCACUGAAAGAAGAACUUUACUUCUACAAGAUAGUUUAUGAUGAGGAGCUGAAGGAGCUGAAGGACAGCGUGAAGGGCGUCUCUGUGGUGGUGGAGAUGGACAACUCCCGUGACUUGAACAUGGAUCAGAUUGUGUCCAAUGUGUGGGCUCAAUACGAGGACAUCGCUGCUCAUAGCCGGGCAGAAACUGAAAUCUGGUACAGGACAAAGAUGGACCAGAUGACCACUGUGGCGAACCAGUAUGGUAAUGAACUGCAUACCACCAAGCAGGAAGUAGCCAACCUCAAACAACAGAUCAAACACCUUCAACAUGAAAUUGAGAAAGUAUCAAUGCAGCAUGAAGGCUUGAAGGAAAGCCUGUUUGAGAUGGAAGCCCGCGGAGAACAGUCGGUGUUGGAUGCCACAGCCCGCAUCAAGGACCUGGAGGAAGCUCUGAAGAAGGCCAAGCUUGACAUGCUCAAGCAGAUCAAAGAGUACCAGAAGCUCCUGGAUAUCAAGCUAGCUCUCGACUUAGAGAUAUCCACCUAUAGGAAAAUGUUGGAAGGAGAAGAAAACAGGUGA